CUCCUCUAAUCCUUCCCUCUUCUUCGAAUCCUUCUUUAAUCCCUGCAGAACUCUUUUUUUUUUCUCGUGUUGGCUUCGUGUUCAGGAACAUGGAGUGGUCGCAUGAGCGGCGCGGUAUAGACGAGAGAGCAUCAUAACCCUAUCUUCUUCACACCUGACUCCGUCUUCUUCAUCACCACCACGACACCUCACCCCUCAGACAGCCGGGGCACCAGCAUUCCACCACCAUGCGCAAACCCUCCCGUCCUCUCGUCGACCGAUGAAACACACCCCGGACUGGAAUGCAAUGUCCGCCUUCGACCGCGCCACCCACAAUGGAGGCAGCUUCAGCGCCGUGACGCCGGGCGACACGGUGCAGAAAUACGUGAUCAGCGCCUUCUCGGCGAUCACCUGGUACAACGCGAUCGAGCUGGUGAUCUUAUGCCUGACGACCUUCCACUCGUACCGGGGCUGCUACUUCUGGAGUCUGUUCGUGACCAGCUUCAGCCUGAUCCCGCACGUGCUGGGGUACACGCUGUUCCUGUUCGCGCCGGAGGUGUCGCGGUACAUCUCGGUGACGCUGAUCGUGCUGACGUGGUACUGCAUGGUGACGGGCCACUCGCUGGUGCUGUGGUCGCGGCUGCACCUGGUGCUGCAGCGGCCGAAGCUGCUGACCUGGACCCUGGGGGCGAUCGUGCUCGACGCGGCCCUCUUCCAGCUCCCGACCACCGUGCUGCUGUACGGGGCGCUGGGCGGCGCCCCGCGCUGGCAGGCCGGCUACAACGCCAUGGAGCGCAUCCAGCUCGUCGCCUUCUGCGUCCAGGAGGCCCUCCUCUCCGGCAUCUACGUCUACGAGACCAUCAAGAUGCUGCGCCUGCGGCCCGAGCGCCCCCGCCGCCUAAUCCUCGCCCAGCUGCUCGUCAUCAACAUCGUCAUCCUCGUCCUGGAUCUCGCCGUCGUCGCCAUCGAGUAUGCCGGCUACUACGCCCUGCAGGUCAUGUUCAAGCCCGUCGCGUACAGCAUCAAGCUGAAGCUGGAGUAUGCCAUCUUGGGCCGCUUGGUGCAGAUCGCCAAGGGCCCGAGUCUCAACGACGCCGAUCCGUUGUCGAAUACCAGUGCGACCAACGGCGACCACGGGCACGAUGACCACCGUGGUCAGGCAGGUGGAGUCGGAGGGGUCCGGCUUGCAGGGGCGCAGUCCGGUCAGGUCGCGGAAUAG